AUGGUAAUUCAACUACAUGUGAGGUUUAAGGAACUUCUAAAUGGUCUCCAUUCUAUUGGAGAAAGUGUGGAGAAUUGGGACCUCAUCAGCCAUAAGGAUAAAGAUAUAGCUUUGGUUGUAGGUGAAAGGGGCAAGAAGAAAAAUAAAGAGAAGAAGAAGGAGAAGAAGGAAGAGUCCUCCUUCGAAUCUGAACAGGAUACUGAUAGUGAUGAGGAGCUAUCAUUCAAUGAGAUGACAAACUUUGUUCGAAAGAUGAUAAUACCUCUAGGAGAGAAUGAGAAGCCGGCUCCAUCCGAUGGCGGCGAGAGGAACAAAUCCGUGAUAAAAUUCACCUUCAGAGAUCUCGCCGCGCCCACUCACAACUUUAGGGAGUCGAAUCUAAUCGGAGAAGGCGGCUUCGGGAGAGUCUACAAAGGGCGACUCGAUUCAGACCAGAUUGUGGCCAUCAAGCAGCUUAAGCAGGAUGGUUAUCAGGGGAGCAAGAUCACUGUGACCUCAGAGGGCCCCUUCUCAAAGAGGCACUUUGCGCCGUGUUCUCAAGAAAAAGAUAGUUUGGAGGUCAAUACUAUUCAUCUUAGAAAGCCAUUUGCUGCAGGGAUUUGUGAACUGACCAAUCAAAAAAUGGAAUAUGCAAAGGGGCUCACGUACUUGCACGAUGUUGCAAACCCUCCCAUAAUUUACAGGGAUAUGAAGGCGGCAAACGUGUUGUUGGAUGAAAACUUCAACCCCAAGCUGUGUGGACACUACAAGAAACUUGCCCCUGAAUAUGAAAAGCUUGGAUCGAGCUUUAAAAAGGCUAAAUCUGUUUUGAUCGGGAAGGUUAGCAUCGUUCUAAAUCAGGCCAAGAAGCAUCAUCUCUUUUACUGA